AUGCUCCUCCUGAUGGCUCGAGACGAGGAGAAGAACCGCAGGAACAACGCAAACACCACCAACCAGGUGUUGAUCGACCUGGAAGACCUCCUGCCAAACCGCUCCCUGGCCCCCGCCCCAGAGCCCAAGCCAGAACCGGAGCCCAGACCCACAAAGACCAAAGCUGGGUCCGGGGCCAAAGGAGUGAGUGUGCAGAAGGACGUGGCCCUGGCCUCCCCCAACCCCAGCCGAGGGGCCCCUGUGACCCAGGCCCCAGGGCCCCGAGGCAGAGGGCCCCGAUGA